AUGAAGAACUUGGGUCUGUUGAGCUAUUUCCUGGGCAUUGCAGUCACUCGUCAUACAAGUGGUUUAUUUAUAUCUCAAAAGAAAUAUGCUGCUGAAAUCAUUGAUCGAGUCGGCAUGUCAUUAUGUAAGUCAUCUCCUACUCCAGUUGAUACAAAAUCGAAACUCGGUGAUACUACAAGCAAACCUUUUGAGGAUCCAUCUCUUUAUAGGAGUUUUGCAGGGGCACUUCAAUACCUUACAUUCACGAGGCUCGAUAUUACUUAUGCGGUGCAACAAAUUCAGGGUACUAUGGAUUUUGGUGUUUAUCUUUAUUCAUCUUUCACAUCUACUCUUAUUUCAUAUAUUGAUGCUAAUUGGGGUAGGUGCCCCGAUACAUCGCGUUCAACAUCGGGUUAUUAUGUCUUUCUAUGCGAUAACUUGAUCUCUUGGUCCGCUAAACGUCAAGCUACUUUAUCCCGUUCUAGUGCAAAGGUUGAAUACCGAGGGGUUGCCAAUGUGCAUCAACGCACUAAGCAUAUUGAGAUGGAUAUACAUUUUGUACGGAAAAAAGUGGCUCGUGGUCAGGUUCGUGUGUUACACGUCCCCUUGCGGUAUCAGAUUGUAGAUAUAUGCACCAAAGGUCUUCCAUUGGUGUUAUUUAAGGAUUUUCGGGACAAUCUCAACAUUCAGCGACCUCCUGCUUCGACUGCGAGAAUGUGUUAG